UAAGUGAAAUAAGUGAUCUCUUCUUCUUCUUUUUGGUGUCUACUCGUUGGAUUCCAUUUUUCUGUUUUGAGACUAAACUUGUUUAAAACAUUUUGUAAAGCAUAGUUUCUAUAGUUGUGCAGUUUUUUCUGUUUUAGACUAAAGUUGUUUAAAGCAUAGUUUCUAUUUGUGCAAUUCAGUGUGUGUUAUUAUGAUGAACCACAAAUUCAUGGAAUUUCAAUCAAAAAGAAGAAGAAAAAAAAACAAAAUUAAUACUCAAAGAAGCACAGCACGCACGGUUUCACGUUUUUGCUUUCUCUUUCUCGAUCCCUCUCUCUCAAAAUCGCUGUUCCUCUCUCACCCACCGCCACCGGCCGCCGCUCUCAAUCCCUCUCUCACUGCUCUCAAUCUCUCUCCCUCACCUCGCCGUAACGCCGUUCAAUCUUCCGCCGCAGCCGACCACUGCUCAGCUCACCGCGCCGCACCACACCGCACCGCACUCACUCUUUCUCUUCGUCUCGUUUCAGAAACAACUUUGUCUUUUAAAUAUUAUUGUAUCUAGAAAUUUGGUUGAUAAAAUUCCCUCCAAAAUUUUGCCUAGGCUCUCUAAUAUUACUGGAAUCGCCACUGAUUCCAAUUCACCAUAAUUCUUUUUCUCUUCUCUCCACUCUUGAUGGUUAAUUACUCAUAUAAGCAAAGCUAUCUCCUAGUCUAAAAGUGUUCAUGGGUAAAGAUUUUGGAGUUAGGGUUAUUGCUCUAAGAAAGGAGAAGAAUAUCCAUCUCUUGAAAGUUGGUCAUUUAUAUUCUUUGAGAUUCAAUGAAAAUUGCUCCGGUGGUCAUUCCGGAAGGCAUUGCUAGGAACGGAGUUGAUUGGUCAUAGUUCUUUCUCUUUCUCAAUCGUUUCUGAACCGCCGCACCGCAGCUUCUCUCAAUUUCAAAUCCGCCGUGAACCUUGCUGCUUGCUCUCACAGUCUCUCUCUCGCAGAGCUUGAUUCCGUGAUUUUUGCUUCAGUUACUCACCAAACGAUGAUUGGCAUCCGUAGUGGUUUCUUCAUUGCAUUGGCAGCCUCCAUGGUGUUGUUGGCUUACUAUUUAAGUCAACACUCGGUAUAUCCGGAGCUACCUGUCUCUGAUCUUCAUCUUCAAGGAGGAUCCGAAGCUGACAAGGUGAUCCGUUUACCGGAUCAGCCGGAGGUUGACUUCCAACAGUUUGCUGGCUACAUUACUGUUGAUGAAAUCAACCAAAGGAACCUCUUCUACUAUUUUGUAGAAUCUGAGGUUGAUCCUGUAUCAAAACCUGUAGUCCUAUGGUUAAAUGGAGGACCUGGUUGUUCUUCUAUUGGUCAAGGAGCAUUUACUGAGCACGGUCCUUUCCAGCCCACCAGAAAGGGUGGUCUAGUAAAAAAUCGGUACAGCUGGAACCGAGUGGCCAAUAUGCUGUAUUUGGAAUCCCCUGUGGGUGUUGGCUUUUCUUUUUCCGCCAACAUCUCUGAUUAUUUCCUGGUGACCGAUGAGAGGACAGCAAUGGAUGCCCUUGUUUUCCUCCAAGGUUGGUUCACCAGGUUUCCAAAGUACCAGAAUAGUGAUGUUUUCAUUACUGGAGAAAGCUAUGCAGGGCAUUGGGCUCCCCAGAUCGCAGAGCUCGUUCUCCAGACUAAACCAAGCUUCAAUUUGAAGGGGAUUGCUAUGGGCAAUCCUCUUCUAGAGUUUACCACAGAUUACAAUUCCAGGGCCGAAUUUUUAUGGUCCCAUGGGUUGAUAUCUGUGGAAACAUAUGGCAUGUUGCAGACCGUCUGCAACUAUGCCCAAAUUAUGAGGGAAACUAUAAAUGGGACACUCAGUCCCGUCUGUAAGGACGUGUUUCGUCAGUUUACCCAAGAGGUUAGUCGUUUUGUGAAUGCAUUCAAUAUUAUUGAAGAUGUUUGCCUCCCAUCCGAGUUUCAAUUGGUUAAUGAGACUCCAAUGGAUGAUGGAGAGAAGAGAGAUGUAUGUCUGGAGGGUGAAACCUCCUCAUACAUGAAUCGUGGAGAAGUGCGCGAUGCAAUUCAUGCAAAGCUGGUUGGGAUCACCAAGUGGACGACAUGUAGUAAUGUCCUCCUCUAUAAUUGGAGGAAUUUAGAAGAUCCGACAAUAUCUCUACUCGGCAGACUUGUUAAGUCCGGAGUAAGAAUCAUGGUUUAUAGUGGAGACCAAGAUUCGCUCAUUCCAGUAAUAGGGACACAUUCUCUAUUACGAGGAUUGGCCAAGGAUGUCGGUUUGGACACUGAGCGCUACAGACCCUGGUUUGAUGGACCACAGGUUGCUGGAUGGACCCAAACUUAUGGGGACAACCUCACCUUUGCAACCAUCAGAGGAGCAGGUCAUGCAGCCCCAACUUCUCAACCAAGGAGGUCCCUCCGGCUCUUUAAGAGUUUUAUCGAAGGAAAACCUCUCCCAGAAAAUGUAACUGUACCAUUUUAGUUUAAAUGUAACUAAUAUAUCUUCUAAUUUUCUAAUUGAGCUCAAAUAUCAUUGAUACGAGCAUUCCUA